AUGGUGGCGGCCGCCGCGGAGAUUGAGCCCCGCGCUGUGUCAGCCUGGGGCUCAACAACGACGGUGGCCGCGAGAGCGGAGCCCCGCGCUGUGUCAAGCUGGGGCUCCCAACUGGACCUCACCGUGGUUCCACCCGCGGAGGAUGUCCUGGAGCUGGACUAUACGGAGGAAGAUGAAGAGGAUACCUCUGAGUUCCUCUUAUCCGACUCGGAUGAGCACGAAGAUGACAUCUUUGUUUCAUCUGCUCAGGCUGCAAAGCCGGAGGCGAUGUCCGCUCCCCCGGGCGAAAGCACACCAGCUUCGCACUGCCUCAGUAUGGACUUGCAGGCCGUGUGCCAACGCGCUGCGUCCAGGCUGGACAUCCCCUGGCCUGAAGUGGCCAAGGAGACCUCCAGAUCUCGCUAUGAGGGGAAGACCUUGCCCCAAGCAGCGAGGAUGAAGAGGCAGCUUCUCCCAGUCUUUCCAGAGAUGCUGGACGAGGUGUCGGUCUUGUGGAGAGACCGCCCUUUCAGCAACAAAGCCCCAAUCCAGGGUGCCUCCUCUUUGGACUGUGACGGCAUGGAGAAACUCGGCCUGCUCCGCAUGCCGCCCAUGGAGCCGCUGGUGGCAGCCCACCUCCAACCGCGGCUGGCUUCGGCACCGAGCAGGAACCCCACGCUACCGGCAAAGGCAGACCGCUUCCAGUCAGCAAUGACCGAACGAGCCUAUACAGGGAUGAAAACUCAUCAGUAUGAAAAAGAAGGCCUCCAGGGAAAAACGAUAACCUGUGACAACUUAUUUACUUCACAUGCCCUUGGCCUGGCGCUGCUGAAAAGAAAGCUGUUCAUGGUGGGAACUGUAAGGAGAAAUAAACCUGAGCUUCCCCCUGCACUGGUGUCAAAAGCGGACAGGGCUCGUUUCUCAUCGAAGUUUGCUUUCACCGAGACCCAUGCUCUGGUGUCCUAUCUCCCCAAAAAACAGAGAAAUGUUCUUCUGAUGAGCACUCUGCAUCGGGAUGCAGCUGUGAGCGACAGGGAUGACAAAAAGCCCAAAAUCAUCGAAGAUUACAAUCACAACAAAGGGGGUGUCGAUAACCUUGACAAGGUUACCAGUGUUUACACGUGCAAAAGAAUGACAGCCCGUUGGCCCCUAGUUGUCUUCUUCAAUAUUCUCGACGUGUCUGCAUACAAUUCCUUUGUCCUGUGGUCUGAGAUCAACCCAGCCUGGAAUCAGGGGAAGUGCAACAAGAGGAGGCUGUUCAUGGAGGAGCUUGGACGACAACUUGUGAUACCUCACAUCCAGCGACGCAAGGUUCUUCCCCGCACGCCAGCCGCUGCCAGUUUGGUUAUGGAGGUCCAGCAGUUCUGCUCCAGCUCUACCUCUGCAGCAGCUACCCGUCACCCAGCUCCCGCUCGCCCAGCUCCCGCUCGCCCAGCUCCCCCUCCUGACCCAUCACCCAAAAGGAGCAGAUGCAAAUUCUGCCCUCGCCAGAUUGAUGUGAAAACCAAGAAAAUGUGCCAAAGAUGCAAUGCAUACAUCUGCAAAGAUCACACCAUUGUUACCUGCCCGGCAUGCAACUGAGGGCACAUUAAAUGUGUAACACAGAAA